AUGACAUUGGGUUCUACAACCUUAAACGAGAAAUCAUGUCGAGUAUACUCAGUCUCCAGAGUCUAUAAAGAUGCAUGUACAAAAAGACCCCAAGAGUAUUGGGAUUAUGAACAAAUAAAACCAUUAAAAUGGGGAGAUGUCUCUGAAUAUGAAAUUAUGGAGAAAGUUGGUCAUGGUAAAUACUCUGAAGUAUUUAGAGGUAUCCAUAUUAUGUCAAAAUCAAGAUGCGUCAUUAAAGCACUUAAACCUGUCAGAUUAAGGAAAAUUCACAGAGAAAUUAGCAUGUUGAUGAAUUUAUCUGGUGGUCCAAAUAUUGUUGAAUUGUUAGAUAUCGUGAAAAACCAAAAGACGAAGAUUCCAGCUUUGAUAUUCGAAGAAGUGGAAAACGUAGAUUUUAAACAAUUAUAUCCCCUUUUCACUUUUGCAGAGUUACAAUGUUAUUUCGCGCAAUUAUUAGAGGCAUUGGACUAUGCUCAUUCAAUGGGUGUAAUGCAUCGAGAUGUUAAGCCUCAGAAUAUAAUGAUAAACCCAUUUAAAAGACAAUUGAAAUUAAUAGAUUGGGGCCUCGCGGAAUAUUAUCAUCCAGGGGUAGAUUAUAAUGUUAGAGUCGCAUCAAGGUAUCAUAAAGGUCCUGAAUUGUUAGUAGAAUUAAAACAGUACGAUUACUCUUUAGAUUUAUGGAGUGUAGGAUGUAUGAUUGCGGCAAUUGUAUUUAAAAGGGAACCAAUGUUUAGAGGGAAUUCCAAUACUGAUCAAUUGGUACAAAUCACAAAAGUUUUAGGUACCAAGAAACUUUUUUUAUAUCUUGAUAAAUAUGGUAUUGAGUUACCUCAUGAAUAUGAUACUCUCAUAAAACAACGUCCGAGGAUUCCUUGGGAAGAUUUUGUAAAUGUUCAAACCCCUUUAGCCACACCAGAAACAAUUGAUUUAAUAGAUAAAUUAGUAAGGUAUGAUCAUCAAGAAAGAUUAACAGCAAAGGAAACAUUAAACCAUAAGUUCUUCAAAAUGGACCCGAAGGAUUUUUCCUCCACGAAAGCAUUAUAA